AGCAGCAGCAGCAGCGGGAGCUGCAGUUGCAGCCGUUGCAGCGGGAGCCGCAGGAGGAGGGGCAGAUCCCCCCUCCUCCUCGUCCUCGUCCUCCUCCUCCUCCAUCAUCAAUCGUCCCCGGCGGGCUCCGCAGCGCCCCGCACCAGAUAACGGUCCGGGUGCCAUCCCGUCCGGCCCUCCGGGGUCCCCGCCCCGCCCCGCCCCGCCGUCCGUCUCCGGCCAUCGUCGCGUCCGCCGAGCGCUCGCCGUGCGCGGAACGCCGUCCCCAGAGCUUUCGCGGAGGGUGUUGGCUGAGCUCGUGCUCCGGACACUGCGGGGAGAGGACCGGCCCCCGGGAUCGGAUCCGCACAUCAUGAUGUAGUGCCAGGGAAGAACAUGGUGGAGAGGAAGAGCAAGGGAGAGAGACGGUGAAGAGCGGUCGCCCGCAGCCAGCCGCCGGGCACCUGGAGGGGGAAGCUCCGAGGACGGAGCCCCCCGCCCCCCGCCGCCCCGCUUCUACCCCGGCCCGGGCUCUCCGCCGAUUCCCUCCGUCCCGCCGCCUCCCCUCGCGCUCCCAGCCAUGGGCAUCGGCAAGAACACCACCUCCAAAUCCGUGGAGACGGGAAGUUCCACCGAGGGCAAGUACGAAGACGAGUCGAAACACCCCGCUUUCUUCACUCUGCCGGCGGUGAUCAACGGGGGAGCCACCCCCAGCGGUGACCAGGACACAGAGGACACGGAGCUGAUGGCCAUCUACACCACGGAGAAUGGCAUCGCCGACAAGAGCUCCCUUGCAGAAACACUGAACAGUACCGGAAGCUUGGAUCCUCAGAGAACAGAUAUGAUUUAUACGAUAGAAGAUGUCCCUCCUUGGUACCUGUGCAUAUUUUUGGGGUUACAGCACUACCUGACGUGUUUCAGCGGCACCAUCGCGGUGCCCUUCCUGCUGGCAGACGCGAUGUGCGUGGGCUACGAUCAGUGGGCCACCAGCCAGCUCAUCGGAACCAUUUUCUUCUGCGUGGGAAUCACCACCUUGUUGCAGACGACUUUCGGAUGCAGGUUGCCCCUCUUUCAGGCCAGCGCCUUUGCCUUCUUGGCUCCCGCUCGAGCGAUCCUGUCUUUGGAUAAAUGGAAAUGUAACACCACAGACCUUUCAGUUACCAACGGAACACUGGAGCUGUUGCAUACCGAACACAUCUGGUAUCCAAGAAUCCGAGAGAUCCAAGGGGCCAUCAUCAUGUCCUCGCUGAUCGAAGUGGUGAUCGGCUUCCUGGGCCUGCCCGGCGCCCUGCUGAAGUACAUCGGCCCGCUGACCAUCACCCCCACCGUGGCCCUCAUCGGCCUCUCCGGCUUCCAGGCGGCCGGAGAGAGGGCGGGGAAGCACUGGGGAAUCGCCAUGCUAACUAUUUUUCUAGUGCUGCUGUUUUCCCAAUAUGCCAGAAAUGUCAAAUUCCCCCUCCCAAUUUACAAAUCGAAAAAAGGGUGGACGGCCUACAAGUUGCAACUCUUCAAAAUGUUUCCCAUCAUUCUGGCCAUCUUGGUGUCUUGGCUGCUGUGCUUCAUCUUCACGGUGACGGACGUCUUCCCCCCCGACAGCACUAAAUACGGCUUCUACGCCCGCACGGACGCUCGCCAGGGCGUUCUCUUCGUCGCUCCUUGGUUUAAAGUCCCCUACCCAUUUCAGUGGGGGCUGCCGACGAUCUCCGCGGCCGGGGUGAUCGGGAUGCUGAGCGCGGUGGUGGCCAGCAUCAUCGAGUCCAUCGGCGACUACUAUGCCUGCGCCCGGCUCUCCUGCGCUCCACCCCCGCCCAUCCACGCCAUCAACAGGGGCAUUUUCAUAGAGGGCCUGUCCUGUGUUCUGGACGGAGUGUUUGGCACCGGGAACGGAUCUACCUCUUCGAGCCCUAACAUCGGAGUGCUGGGCAUCACCAAGGUGGGCAGCCGACGAGUCAUCCAGUACGGGGCCGCCCUGAUGCUCAUGCUCGGCAUGAUAGGGAAAUUCAGCGCUCUGUUCGCAUCCCUUCCCGAUCCGGUGCUCGGAGCCCUCUUCUGUACUCUCUUCGGCAUGAUCACUGCCGUGGGACUGUCCAAUCUACAGUUCAUCGACUUGAACUCUUCCCGGAACCUCUUCGUGCUCGGAUUUUCAAUCUUCUUCGGACUCGUCCUGCCGAGUUACCUCAGGCAGAACCCAUUGGUCACAGGGAUUUCAGGAAUCGACCAAGUGCUCAAUGUUCUGCUGACAACAGCGAUGUUCGUGGGAGGCUGUGUGGCUUUCGUUUUGGAUAACACCAUCCCAGGCACCCCGGAAGAGAGGGGGAUCCGCAAGUGGAAGAAAGGCGUGGGCAAAGGGAGCAAGUCCGUGGACGGCAUGGAGUCGUACGAUCUGCCCUUCGGCAUGGACACGGUCCGGAAGUACCGCUGCUUCAGCUACCUGCCCAUCAGCCCCACCUUCGUCGGCUACUCCUGGAAACGCUUCCGGAAGGGCAGUAACUGCAGGGGGCCGGACGCCGACCGGGACCCGGACCGGGACGAGGACGAGGACGCGGCCACCGUAUAGCCCUCCCCUCCCCCCUCGGCCGGGCGGGACGGGGAGGAGGGGGGCGGGAGGGGCGGGAGGGGAGCCGUCCGCUCCGGUCCCGGCCUUCGGCGGACCCGCGCCCGUCGCUGGGCGUCCGGAACCUCGGGUUUUGUAUAUCCCCCCGGAGAUCCGGGAGUCCGGGCUUUCCGGUCGGGGGCGGCGGCCGUGCCCGGCAGAGCGCCUCGGCCGCCCUCUUCCCGGAAAGCCUCCAUCGCGGUCUCUUUCCUUCGCCGGCGACGAGGGUCGCGCGGGGCGCGGGACCCCCGGACUCCUGGACCCCCCAGAGCCUCGUGAGGGGUGUGGGACCCCAGGGGUGCCGUCCCGCCGUCACCUGUCUUUUCCGCCCCGCUCCGGUUCUCUCCCGGGUUUCUUCCCUCCCAUGCCUUGGGCCAGACCCCCUUCGAGUCCCCCGUUAUUCCCGGCUGCGGGGACUCCCCUCCCCAGCCGCCCCCCUCCCCCGAACCUCAUUUUCAGGCUGACAGAUGGAGACCACCCCUCCCCAGAAUGCCGCCGGCCCAGGCCACGGCGACUCCGCCCUCCGCUGGCCGAGGCGGGGUCGGGGCCCGCCCACCCCACGGCCCGAGGUUCGGCCACCGCGGCCGUCCUCCUGCCUCUGAACCGGGCCGGAGAUCCCGCCGCGGGAUCGAGUCGGGCGGGGGGGCCUGGGCCUGCUACUUUCUCAACUGACCCGGGGAAAUGUAAACACUAAGGAAUCCGCCCCCAGGGCUCCCCUCACCCCCAUUCCCUCACUCCCCGCUCUUAGUCCCAAGCGGAGGCAGCCGGUUCUAGAGGGGGACCCUCCCCCGGUCAGGGAGGCACCGUACGGGACGCCAUCACCCCCCGGGGCAGCGGACGGGCAGCGGACACCCGGCACCUCUGGGACUGGCCGAUCCGCCGCGACUCGGCCGUUCCUUGGACAUUCGAGCUCAUCGCGCAUUCGUUACCAAGUUCCAUUCGCGUUUAGUGUUCUUACUGUUGCAAGUUAGUUUUAGACCUCGGUGUUUUCAGCGUGACUCCCCUUACCUCCCGCUCCCGUCCCCCCAGCCCCCGAGAAAACACCCCGACACUGGUAAAGCCGCGGAGAGGGUCGGGCAGGCCGGUGAAACGCGAGGCGUUGGUCUCCCGAGAGAACGGCAGCGGUUACUCCCAAGCGCUAGCGGAUUUGCCGAGUAGGACCCCGCAGCCCGGUUGCCCCUGGGUGUGUCUGAGGAAAAGGGUGGAAACUGAGUCAGCUGGGGCGGGUGGGGGGGAGGCGCGGCGGCGAGACGGAGCCAGGGCACGUGGGCCGGUUUCCUUGCGGCUCUCGCCGGUUCUUGCCGGUUCUUUGAGGGACCCCCGAACCUCUGGCCCCGUCCCGCGCACGGGCGAGCGACGGUCUCGUUCCACUGGGUCUCCUCGCGGGACGUUAGCCACAAGCCGCCUGGUCUCCUCGAAGGAUGUUAGCCGCAGGCCACUCGGUCUCCCUGAGGGACGUCAACUAUAGACCACGCGGUCUCCCCGAGGGAUGUCAGCCACAGACGGCACGGUUUUCUCAAAGGACGUUAGCCACACUCGGUCUCCCUGAGGGACGCCAGCUACAGGCCACGCGGUCUCCCUGAGGGACGUUAGCCAGAGGCCACGCUGUCUCCUCAAGGGAAAUUAGCCACAGGUCAUUCGGUGUCCCCGAGGGACCUUAGCCACAGGCCCUUCGGUCUCGUCGAGACUCCCUGGGCCCCGCGGCCUCACAGUCCCGCAAAUUCCCAAGAGCCGGAGGCUCGGGGGUCGAUCCCCGCGAGUCGGAGGGUACAAGUGGGAAGAUUUCCGCCCCUUGCUACUCCAGUCCCUGGGCGUCCGUGAGAAGCAGACGGUGGGAGCCUCGCGGCGAUUCGCUGAGUCCUCUUCGCCCUCACGGGUCGGCGAUCCCUAGGCCUAAGGAAAGGGGCAGGUGUCGUGGUCGGUCGGAGACGGCUCGCGCUCUCUGCGCUCUUCUUCAGCCCCCCUCCGAUUCCCCACCCCGGAGAGAGUUCCAGUGCUCAGCCCCCGGCUCCGACGUGACCCCUGUGCCACGGAAAGCGCGCCGACACAUCCGGUUCUCCCGGUUGGCCCCGUCUCCGAAAAGGUGUUCCGCGGAGGCAGUUUGGGAUCCCAAUGAUUCCCAAAACUCGGGGCCACCAUGGGCUGGGGGGUCGAGGGCGGACCUGUGGGCGCCUCGGAGGCGGGACGGAUUCCCAGCUCCCUCUUCUCCUCGGAGGAGAGAGAGGAAAAUGGUCAUCGGGAAUCCGGGCGGGAUUCCCUUCCUGAGUGGAUUUUUUCGAGCGCUGGAAACUGCUGAUUUUAGUUGGGGGUAGGGAGCGUGAAGGAAAGGGGCACGAAGGAAGCCCAUCCCCUCGGCAGACGUGUCUUUCGAAGCCCCCUUUAACCCCGGAGACUGGGAUAAGACCCCCCAUCCCCCCGCUUCCUCCUCCAGGGUCUCAGCCGCUAACGUGACGCGCCGUGGAAUCGUUUCAGGGGGAACGUUUCCAUUCCUCGUCGGCCCCGGGUCGACGGGUCCACCGGUAACCCCUCUCUCCCGUAGAGUUAUCCGAGUGGGGCGGGGGCGGAGGUCAGGAGAAAAAUUCAGCCUCGCCCAGACCGAGAGAGCCAGUGUUGGAGGCCAAAAUAUCCGCACUGGGCCCUCCCCUCUCCGGCGGCCGGAGGAACGCGGAGAACCACCUCCGGCCUACCGGGCGGAUUUUCUUUCCGGAGGCCGGGUCGAUUGCGUGCGAUCUGCCUACGGCCGAGAUCAAAUUCAACCGCGAUGGCGCGGGGGCCGGCGGGAAGGGGGGUCCGGCCGGCGUGGGGGAGAAGGGGAGACGAGAUACCCCCCCCGGCCCCGGGAUCCGCUUUGUACCUUUUAAUACUGAUUUUUUCAACUACGCCAACUUGGUUUGUACAUGAACGGUGGCAGUAUUUCCAUACGUUAAAAGUUAAACAUUUCCACCCGGGAUAAUGAUCACAGGUUUCCAGGGAGGGAGUGAUAUGAUUUUCAUGACAAUGUCAUGUGGUAAUAGAAUUUCUCCAUUGGUGAACCUCUAGUAGCUGUCUAUACUUUAUUUGCCCACGCUUCGGUUUCGUGGCCGAGAGCUGAGUUGCGGUUUUCACUUCACGUCCCCGCUGAAACCUCGGUUGUAGCAGAUGUGAGCGUCGUCAGCGUCGUCUGGGCCACGGGGGUGGUCCCCGGGCCAGGGGAGGAUCGAGAUCCGGUCGGGAGCGGGGGGAGCCUGGGGUGUAGACGGAGCCGUAGACGCUAGCGAACCGCUCUUCUCCAUCCCCGCCCCACCCCGAGCCACCGCGGUAGCGUAAACGUUGGAUGUUUUCUGCACGAUUCAAGCCCGCUUGUGCCGAGUAUCUAAUCACGUGUGUGUUCGUCUGUACAGUGCCCCAGCACGAGAUCCCGCCCCUUCCCCGACCCGCGUCGAAGGCCGGCUCCAGUAGAAGUUGUAGUCGCGGUAUUUAUUGAGCGCUCACCACGUGCAGAGCACCGUCCUGAGCGCCGGGAGAGAGCGUCCGGAUGGGAAUCGGCGGUCCCCGUCCCUCGGGCGGCUUCCGGGCCCCGGGGGACUCCCCCGCUUCCCUGACCGGCGGGCAGCGACUCGGUCAUCGCUUCGCUCUCGAUUUUCGCAGCGUCGCUCUCCCCCGUCCCCCCGGCCCGGCCUUCCGGCUCGGGGCGACCCCCGCGUGAUCCCCCCCGACGUCGCCGACGUGCCCGAGCGACCUUGCCCUGCCCCCCCAGCCCUCCUCCCUCAGUAUCCCUAUCGAGAACUGCCGUGUGCGUGCGUGUGCGUGCGUGUGUAUGUCCGCCUGCCAGACACCCAGGACAUCUUUACCCGUGUCGACGUCGUGCUGACAGUUCAAAUUACUGUACUUUUAUCGGUUCAGAACAACCUCUAACAUAUUAACUAUCGACCGUUCUUAAAGCAGUGGGGAUAAGGCCUAUGUUUUUCCAUGAGUUUUGUGAUGACCCCGGCUGUAAACGUUUUGUGGGGGGGGGUGGGGGGAGGCAUACCAAGGUGGUCAUGUUCCUUUUCUUCUUCCGUUCGUUCGUUUCUUCGGUGGUUUUUUGAGAUGUUUUUUAAAGAUUUCAUAUUGUUUCUGUUUUUUUUCUAACAUGCUUCAUUAAACGUUUAAAUAUUUAAAAAUAUGUAAUAUUUGGACCAGAUGUUGUGAAUAAUAGUAGAGAUAAAGCUAUUUUAUUCUGUAUUUUUAAAGCUGUUCGAUAUAAAUAAAAGCUGACCUAGACGCCCCCCA